GACGAAUUAUCGCCUCUGUAGCAGGUCCACGCGCCCGUAAGCCCAAGAAGCUAGCCGGUGAGAAGGGCAGCAGCAGCAGCAACGGCGGUGGCGCAUCGAAUGGCAGCGGAAGCGGUGGAAGUGGCGCCGCCACCGCAGAGGAUAAACGACCGCGGACGGCGUUCAGUGGUUCGCAAUUGGCGCGCUUGAAGCACGAGUUCACCGAGAAUCGUUACCUGACCGAAAAACGACGCCAACAGCUCAGUUCCGAAUUGGGUCUAAAUGAAGCGCAAAUAAAAAUUUGGUUUCAAAAUAAGCGUGCCAAACUGAAAAAGUCGAGUGGACACAAAAAUCCUUUGGCACUACAACUAAUGGCACAGGGGCUGUAUAAUCACUCGACGAUACCAUUGACGCGCGAGGAGGAAGAGUUACAAGAACUGCAGGAGCGUGAAAAUGCAGCGGCAGAGGCGAGAAAUGGUGGUGCAACAACAACGACUACUGUGUCCACGUAGGUGCAGAGAACAAAGUGAUGGUAAAUAAAACGUCUUCAAGUGAAGGAAACAUAACAACAUAACUAUAUGCAACGAAAAACUGUAACUAACUUAAUUUAUAGAAAAUAUGUAUUAACGAAAUGUAUACGCGUGUAAAUAAUGAUGUACAAAAUAUUUAAUACCUAGAAUUUGCGGAUAUUAGGUUGACAUGAAGAGUGGUAGAGUAAUGAACGCUGUGUGGGUAGUAGUCAGCUUUGGUUGGAAUGCCACUUCUUCUUUUGGCAAUCAAAUUGGGAGAGUAAAACUCAACACGUACCACGGCUUUGGCACGUCCGACAGGCGGGUUUCCCACUAACCAUAUUGAUUGUAUAUAUGUAUACAUUUGUAGUAGUAUCUUAAACAGAAAUCACCAGAUAAAAAAAGGUCGUGAUGUGGGUGUCAAACUCUUCAUACGCCCUAUUGAUUGGGGUUGGACCCAACGUCGUGGUAGAUGAGUCCCAUCGUUCCU